CUGCUCAUUCUCCGUCCUCCAAAAUUGGAGGCUCUGCUGCUAACUUUGGUGACAUCCCUCACCUGUCAAAUUGGAAGGAAACACUUCAGGAGAGUUGGGAGCGUUGGGAAUUUCCCCAAUCCAAUUGUCAUUGUUGUGAAGUUCUGAAGUUUAAAAGAUGGAUUACUUUUUCGCACCAGGGAGGAACCAUCUUUUUGUUCCAGGGCCUGUUAAUAUCCCAGAGCCCGUCAUUCGGGCGAUGAACAGAAACAAUGAGGAUUUCCGUUCCCCUGCUAUACCAGCCUUAACGAGAACCCUUCUGGAGGACGUUAAGAAAAUUUUCAAGACAACUUCAGGGACGCCAUUUAUGAUUCCCACUACAGGUACUGGGGCAUGGGAAAGUGCGCUUACAAACACAUUGUCUCCUGGUGAUCGUAUUGUAUCGUUCCUGAUUGGGCAAUUCAGUCUUCUCUGGAUUGAUCAGCAGCAGCGUCUCAACUUCAAUGUUGAUGUUAUAGAAAGUGACUGGGGCGAAGGUGCCAAACUUGACAUCCUGGCAUCAAAACUUGCAGCCGACAGUGCACAUACUAUUAAAGCUAUCUGUAUUGUCCACAAUGAAACAGCAACAGGAGUCACCAACAAUUUGGUUGCUGUCAGGAGAAUACUUGAUGACUACAGGCAUCCUGCAUUGUUUCUUGUUGACGGAGUCUCCUCAAUUUGUGCUCUUGAUUUCCGUAUGGAUGAGUGGGGAAUAGAUGUAGCUUUAACAGGUUCUCAGAAAGCUCUUUCCCUUCCCACUGGGAUGGGCAUUGUUUGUGCUAGUCCCAAGGCAUUUGAGGCAUCAAAAACAGCCAAAUCAGUUCGGGUAUUCUUUGACUGGGGGGACUACCUCAAAACCUAUAAAACAGGAACCUUCUGGCCAUACACUCCUUCCAUCCAUCUCUUGUAUGGGCUGCGAGCUGUUCUGGAUCUCAUUUUUGAGGAAGGACUUGAUAAUGUAAUUGGAAGGCACAGGCGACUGGGCAAAGCAACAAGGCUCGCUGUUGAGGCAUGGGGUUUAAAGAACUGUACACAAAGGGAGGAAUGGUUUAGUGACACAGUUACUGCAAUAGUUGUCCCACCUUAUAUUGACAGUGCAGAAAUUGUUAGUAGAGCAUGGAAGCGAUACAAUUUAAGCUUAGGCCUUGGCCUGAACAAAGUAGCUGGAAAGGUUUUCAGAAUAGGGCAUCUUGGUUACUUGAAUGAGCUGCAAUUGCUGGGUUGUCUGGCUGGGGUGGAGAUGGUACUUAAGGAUGUGGGAUACCCUGUUAAACUGGGAAGUGGAGUGGCAGCAGCUUCGGCAUAUCUGCAGAAUAACACUCCUAUGAUCCCUUCGAGGAUUUGAUGUCCAUCUUCCUGUGCAGCCUCUUCUCUGUUGUUUUCUUUUGAAACUUGUAUAAAAAACAGAUAAUCCCCCUGCACUCUCUCUCUAUCUGAGG